AAGUUAGCUCAGUCCAAUAUCCGUGAUUACCUGAGGUUAGUUUGUAACCGACGGAAAAAUAGCAGAGAAGAAACAGAAAAGCUGUUCAGCUGAACACCGCACCAAAAACCUUUGUCUCCAGAUCCUUCGUCCUCGCCGGCAGCAAAACAACCGAUCUUUCCGUACGCGCCGCGCCCGUAGCCUAUGAUCGAAUCGAUUGGAGUUCUUCCAUAAUUUGCGACCCUGGAUUUAAGCGGAGGAAACUGAUCGAGCUCUCCAUCGUCCGCUGCUUCUAGGUGGGGUAGACCAUGGCUAUCCGCCCCCACCGUGGGGUGCUGCCACAAGUUAACCGCUACGCGUGUCUCAUGGUUCCAACCUGCGCCGCCCGCCAAUUGUUCGAUAGAACGCCUCCGCGGACCAAGGACGAAGCCACAUGGACGCCGAGCGGCCCUGACGGCAUCAGCGCCCUCCCGGACGACGUCAUUCACCAUGUGCUUGGGUUUCUGCCGGCGCACGACGCCCUGCAGACGAGCGCGCUCGCCCGGCGCUGGCGCAACCACUGGAAGUGGAUGCAUAGCCUCCGUUUCGCCGCGGUUUCCGGGUCGGUGUCUGUCGUUGUGCUCAAGAGAUUAGUGGAUCGCCUGUUGCUGGAUAUCCGUGCGCCUCUUGACGAGUGCGUCAUCGACAUCCAAGGACUCCUUGAGCUCACAGAAGAAGUUGGCCGCCUGAUCCGGCAUGCCGUGUCCGAGUUCCAUGUUCGAGUUCUUAAGGUCAGUCUCGAACGCCAAGUAGUAUCGGGGCACCCUCUCGUCUCUGGAAACUUGGUGAGGCUAGAGCUCCAUCAUGUCACGGUGGAAGGCACGAUUCUUGACUUUUCUAGCUGCACGGCGUUGGAGGAUGUAGUCAUGACUCGCGCUCACAUUCACGCCACCAAGAUCUCGUCCCCGUCCUUGAAGCGUCUGAGGAUGAAGAAGUGCUAUUUAUUUCCGUCGGUUUAUUCCGCAACUUGUAUUUCUGCCCCGAGCCUCGUUUUAAUGGAGCUGGAUGAUCUCUCUGUUACAACACCCUUGCUUGAGCGCAUGCCAAUGCUAGAAACUGCAUUUGUUAGGCUUGGCCACAGCUGGACUUUUCGUUGUGAACUGCGUCCUACCUGGCUUUGUUGUGGUGUAUGUGCGGGUUGUAUAAAAUUCUACUUGAUGGAGCUUGGAAGUUUAUCAAGUGCUAGGCAUCUGGAGUUAACGGCUCCCAGCGUAAAGUUUACUGUUUUGAGAUGCCCUACAUUUAGCAAGUUAACCACUCUGUUGCUAAAUGAGUGGUGUCUGGCAGCUGACUUCGGUGCAUUAAGUUGCAUCCUCCAACACUCUCCAAUUCUAGAGAAGCUCACUCUUCUACUAAAUCAGGCACAACAAGAAACUUACAAUACAAUGGAGCAACUGCCUACAAUAUCCAAAUGCCUUAAAGUAGUUGAAAUCAAAUGUACGAAGCUUGAUGACAGGCUCUAUGAUUUUUUCAAGAUCCUGAAGAUAUUUCUUGGGCGGGAACACUUGAGAUACAACUUAACAUCAGGACAAACUGAGAUACCGCUCAAGGUUUAACAAAGCGAGAAGAUUUGAACUGUUGUUGAUGGACAUGAUUAUUCCGAAACUAAGGUUAUAUUACGGCCUUCAGUUUAACCAGUCAAUGCUGCUGCUACUUUUUGUUCUAAGCGCACCAAAUUUUCUAGUAUAUAUUUUAAUUCAUGGUUACCUUUUUGUUUUAUUCUCUGGUAUGUGUCGUCUGUAAUUGACUUUAAUAUCUAGUUCCCAUCAUUAGCAUUGAAAUUUCUAGAGGAACCUGGUUUAUCAGGUUCUCAUGGCACUUUUGGUUUCAAAACUUAUAGCUCCCUCCUUAU